GCCACGGUCGCAGAGAGCGAUGCCUACGGAUACGACAUAUUCUCGCUCACCAAGAUCAAGCCCCUCCUGGACUUGGGCGACGCUGGCGUCGCUCCCACGCUGCCUGUGACCAGCAGCAGCAACUCGCCCAAGAAGGCCGAAAAGAAUGCCUCAGCCAUGUUUCUGAAGAUCCAGGCGCUCAUGAUGGCCCUGCUUUCCAAGAGCCGAGAGACCGGGUCGGGACGAUACCGAGGCCAGAGACGGGCUCUGGAUGAUGCCGAGCAAGAGUACUCGAGCGAAGGCGAAGGUGAAUGGAGCCCGGACCAGAGCGAUGUUGAUGAUGUGAUGCGGCGGAGCCACUCUGUCGACGCAUCCCAGAGCAACUCGGCCGUCAGCAGCAUCACCAGCGAGUCCGGGAUCAAAAAGUCGGGCUCGGUUGCCUCACGGAGCAAGGCCGAGGUGCGGCUCAGCAAGCUCGAGAAGCUCGCCAAGAUUCUGAACCCGGCUGAUCCUAAGGACAGCCGAAUGCAGCCCGAGGUUUCAAGCGUCGCACCUCCACUCGGCCUUUCAGGCAAUACAGGUCCAACUGCAGGGCAUGGGCCGUCCCCGGCCGGGUCACUGAUUGCCGAGCUCGAAAACAUCUUCUCCAAAGACGUCCACAGUGUCCUCAGCGGAGGCCGGCGCCGGCGGUCUGUCUCGCCGUCUGUAGCAGAACCGAGCGACAUGUCGCUGACCAAUGUAGCAGAGACACAUGUCGCUGGAUCUGCUCGCAACUCGACGCUCUCGGUGCAGCCGCUACCCGAAAGCCACCCGCAUCGACGACGACAUUCGAGUAACAUCAAACCCGAUGCCUCGCCGACGAUGCCGAAGCAGCGUGCGCUCUCGCAUAUGGUUGCGUCGGCCAGCCCCCCAAGCGUCCCAUCUCCGUCUUCGUCAUCAGCGGCCCCUCACACAGGCAGCACUCUCUUUGGCCCACAGACAACGGUUGGUCCGGUCGCAGCCAGCAAUCUGCCACCCACAGCGAUCUACACCAAGCACAGCGGCUCGCACCACAGCAACGUUCUCGUCAUCUCACCAGAGAAGGCCUAUCAGCCGCCACACUCACCGCUGCCUGUAAAGGCGACAGACGAGCACCAUGGCCACGGAGCAGUGCCCACGCAUCGGACACUGCAGUCCAUCAAGCCGCAUGAGGCCAUCACCAUGGAAACGCCGAUACCACCCCCGCUGCCGCCUAAAUCGGGAGCCAGCGGACCAAAGAAACCCAACCCGCCGAUGCAAUCGCCUCGGCACCAUGGCCAUGUCGUUGGCAGCGGAUCAGAUGUUGGCGCGGCUUCAGUCAGCAAGCUUCCCACGGGGCCACCGUCAGGCCCUAUGAGGGCCCACGAAGGACUCCCGAGCCAGUCGGCUUCGACACUGUCGUCCCUGCCGAACGAGUCAGAGGCCCUCAUGCCUCACGUUAACUCUGCGGAGGACCCACGAUCUGGGGUGGGGACCAUAGGAUCACUCUUUGGACGCACACACCGCCGAGGGGCAUGAUGACAGGACUUGCGGGGCUGAUGGCCUGCGGUUGGCGAUCGGCGCUGUCUUUGCGACUAAAUCUAUGGCUCUUGGAGCACGACAUUCCGCUAUCGCUGGCGAC